AUGUGGCUAAUGUUUUUCUGGGUGGUCGUGGGAUUUGGGAUGUAUCCAUUCCUUUACUCAUACGUGCAUUUUUUCCAGUUCCCAUAUUUGCAAUUAGCUUAUAUAGUAUUUGUGGUUGGAGGGGUGUUUGUCAUAAGUCAAAAGCGGGGUGGUGAUGAUGCAUCGACAGCAGAGCCAGUGCAGCAACCGUCUCCUUCUUCUUCCUGCGUUGAUAUGACUGCAGUGGAAAUGGGAGUAUUCACUUACAGACAUCAUCAACAAAAAGAGGAAGAGGAACACGAAGAAUGCGUUAUCUGCCUCUGUGAAUACCAAGAUGAGGAUGCUGUGGCGGCACUUCCACCGUGCCAACACAAUUUCCACGUGGACUGUAUUCGGAGGUGGCUAGAGUGCCAGCCCAGGUGUCCCAUCUGCAAUGCAUGUCCGCUUCAGAAAUUGGUAUCCGCUCAAAAAAAUGAUGCUCUUCACCUUCUUCCCCUUCCACUUCCACUUCCGCCCACUUUGGCUGCAAGAAAUUUGACCCAAGAAAACUUAGGGAGCGAAGGGAACGUGUAA